UUUGUGAUCUUUGACUUUGUGAUCUUAGUCUCAGCAUUAUUUUGUUCCAGUGUUUCAGGCUUCCUGAUGAUCUCACGUUUCUCUCAGGUUGAUCUGAAAGGAAGACUUGCGUGCUGCCAUUGCAGCUUUGUGGCAUCCUCAGUCUCCUUCACAUGCCCGCCCGCUCUCCAGCGUCUUGCUCACUUAAAAGAAAACAACCUUACCUGAACUCACCCUCAUUUUCUCGUACCCUGGACCAUUUACCUUUCCACCAGCACUGGAUCCUAACUCCUUCCCCCUGCUUCCCUGUUAUUAUUUUUAUUCUCUAGUGAAUGGAGCUUCUUUUGCUUUACAGAGCGUAUCUUUUUAUGGACAUGGAGCAAAGUGUGAAUGUGACAAUUUCCUCUCUCUGGCCAAAGCUAGUUGUCCGCUGCCAGUUCAGGGAUGUAAAUGACAUGCAGACAGAUGGAGAUGAUUGACUUUUGACCAAUGAGCUGAAGUUGUUCUUUCUAAUUGGUCGCCUGUGAUCACAGCGUGACUCUGUGAAACCCCACCUCCCUCUCUCAGCCUACACACACAGGGCGGGGUGGGACUGAUCCACGCACCAUAACUGCUGCUGGACACAGUUGCUGCUGUCUGUGCAUCACCAUCCAUCGGAUGCGUUCCACUCGCUUCCACACAAGGGUAGCCCUGCCCAUGACCAACAUGCAGCUGCAGAGCCAACUGUAAUCCAGACUGCAGAUGGUUUUUCCCUUACCGGGGUGUCACUUUCCUAACCCCACAGCUCUGGAGCGACCUUGGUCAGGUGGAAGAGCUUGAACGGUCAUGGCCUCUAAGGCCGAGACAAAAUGCUCUGCAGUGCUGGGGAAGAGGAGGAGAGGAAAGCUGGAUCCACUCCCACCACCGGCCAACUCCAGCAAGCCGCUGACGCCCUUCAGCAUCGAGGACAUCCUCAACAAGACGUGUGUGAAGAGGAACCAGCCGCGCCUGAUCCCUCACCGGGAGAGCAGCCCGUCCGACCGACUGCUGCUGGGGCAGAGCUCGCCGCUGUGCGCGCUGGAGGAACUGGCCAGCAAAACCUUCAAGGGCCUGGAGGUCAGCGUCCUGCAGGCUGCAGAGGGCCGGGACGGUCAGGCUCUCUUCGGCCAGAGGAACGCUCCUAAAAAGCGCCGGAAGUCCCGGACGGCCUUCACCAACCAUCAGGUCUAUGAGCUGGAGAAACGCUUCCUUUAUCAAAAGUACCUGAGCCCGGCGGACCGGGACCAGAUCGCCCAGCACCUGGGCCUGACCAACGCGCAGGUCAUCACCUGGUUCCAGAACAGGAGGGCCAAACUCAAGCGGGACCUGGAAGAAAUGAAGGCCGACGUGGAGUCCGCCACAGCCGCGGGAGCUGUGGCCUUUGACAAGCUCUCCAAGCUCGCAGAGCUGGAGAAGCUCGCGGCCGAAGGUCUGGGUCAGGUGGCGCGCUCGCUGAACCGUGCCGAACCGGAUCAGAGGUCCGGCAGAGCGGAGGGAGUGAAUAGGCCCGGCGCGUCGCCUCCACUUUCUCCCGCGCCGUCUCGGGACGGAGGCUGUCUGAGCAGCAGGUGUGCUUCGGAGGAUGGCGGUGAUGGUGAGGAGGAGGAGGAGAUCGACGUGGAUGACUGAAGCAUCCCGCGCAGCGUAAAGUGUCGUGGCUCUCUCAGUUUAAACACGCAGUGCAUGUGGAUGAAGUGAAGCCUUGUAAUGAAGCGGGCUGAAUGUUGGACACUGGUGCGGGGAGAAGCGUGUGUCUGCAGACUCAUACUAUUGGAUGCAGGACCUGUGGUGCGUAAAUGACGCACAGAGCUUUGAUAUGUUUCCGGAAAGUUCGCAGCCAGCACCACUGAAGUGCCUUUGGGCCGCACGUCUGUUAUCCUGAAAAAGUCCAAUAACACCUCGGAAACUCUGGGGCUUUAAAAACAUUCCACAAUUCUCCUUUCUUCUUCUAAAAUGAACCGGGUCUCAUUUAGCGGUAAAGCCGUUCAUGGCAUAUUUCUAAUUGGUUAAUCCACACAAUCUGCAGCUCUUCCAUGCGCGUGCACGAGUGUCUCCAUAAAAUGACGCGCACGUCUCCGUGACGUGUCCCCCGCAGGCUCCUGGCGAUCACAGUCGGCCUGCAGUCAUGAGCGCAGGGGCCAACUUGGGGGCCAUAUGGUUGCAACAUUGUCGUCUUCAAUAGUGAGCCGCUUUGAUGGAUUAACUCAGCCCGUCUAUUGAAGGCUCGAUGCGGACACACUCCCUGCUCGAACACAGGCCUGGGGCCAUGAAUAUGAAUGGGCCUCAGCGGGCCGCUCGGAGCUUUGUGUCGGGGUUGGAGCUUCCUAAUGAUCGGCUGGAGCAGAACGCUCUGCUGGGCUGGGAGGAUGCUGCUAUUUAACAUGACAUCGAUAAAAAACAAAUAAAUAAAUAAAAGACUGAAGCGCCAAAAGUGCCACAGUAUGGAGGAUUUUUGUGAAGAAAAAACAUAAUAAUUCAAAUGAGAAAUUACUACAAAAUGUAUAUUGAAUAAAACAAGCUUGCCACUAAUAUUUAAUCUGUUCAAUUCAGUGUAUAACUGGUGAAACCCACUGAUAAAAAUGUAAAGCUGUUACAGCUGCUAUAGUUAUUUAAGCUAUUUUUAAUGUUCCUGUGCUAUGCUGCACCAUAAAACAGUUUCAAAUGAAGCCAAUAAAUAGAUGCUAGCAUCUGAUUGGUUAACAAAUAAACUUCAUACCAAUUAGUUAACAACAUUGUUUGCCACACUCUCUAAAAAAGACUGAUAAAAUAAAAUCUUGAAUUCCUGCAUCACCCAAAUAUUUAAAAUACUCAGAAACAGAAUUUAUUUUUUGCAUGCAUCCGACAGCGGAAGCAUGCAGACAGGCAGAAACGGGGUGGGUGAAAACUUGACAAAACUUCCCCUUUAAAGUUCAAGCAGGUAUGACUGAAAAAUGUUGUUCCUGUGCUAUUAAUAGGAAGUUAAUAUUAAAAUAAAAUAAAUAUUCUUUAAAUCAAUGAUUUCUUGUCAUAACAUAGUUUAAAUAAACAGCUCUGUGUUGGGUUUCUGUUUGAAUUCAUGACAAGCUAAAACCAAUCCUUUAAGGAUUACACUGUGACACUUCAGGACCUCUAUAGGCCUUAGCUGUAAAUAGUGUCAGGAAUAAAUGAUAUUGCCCAAGCCUGUUCUCUCUUCCAUUAAUGUUUCCUGCUAUG